GGGGAGGGACAUUCUGCUAAAAUUAUUUGGCGUCUACAUGAAAGGGGGACUGAAAACUAGCGCAAAAAAAAUUAUCGUGCGAAUUUAAAAAAAAAAAAAUUCCAUUGAAAGUCCUAUGUCAAAAAUAUUGGAUUGGCGUAACGUACAGAAGCGCCCUUUGGAAUUCCCCCUCAUCUCCUUCGCGUUCCAAAUGCGCGGAAGCCAUGGCAACGGAAGAGAGAGUAAAAUUGCUCGUAGCAGCGAGGAAAGGAAUUUACGAAGAUGUCGUUUCCUUGUCUAAGUUACAAAUUCCUCUGGGGGACUACGUCCAGCCUCCGCAUAACAGAACAGCCUUCUGGUACAGCUGCCGGAAUGGGAGCCUAAAGAUGGCUAGGAUAAUUUUGAAAAAAGGAAGUAACAUAAAUCAUAAGGAUGCCAACGGAAUAUCUCCCCUUCAUAUCAGCGUCAAAUAUGGGCACCUAAACAUUGCCAAGUUCCUCAUCGAAAAUGAGGCCGACGUGGACAUAACAGACAAUGAGGGACAGAGCCCCAUCUUUUACGCCAUAAUAAACAAGCACUACGAUAUCGUCAAGCUUCUGAUAGAAAACGGAGCCGAUGUGCAAAUGAAAGACCACAACAAUGCCAGCGUGUAUGACUACGCUGACUUUAGCGGAAAGACGAAGCUCUCUUCCUACAUACUGUACAAGAGCAACGAGAUAAUAGUUAACGAUUCGAAGAGGGCUCUGAGUGGCGAUUCGCCCCCCAAGGACGAGGACACGAAAGCUUCGUGAAGCUUCCCAUGU